CAUCUUAACAACUGCCAGACCUGAGAUAAAACCGACAUCCCUUCGGCAUGCGAACCCAACCCUUGAUGUCGGAUGCUGCCCGAUCUGGUCUGAUGGAUGGGAGGCACUAUAGGUACUGUAAGACCAUUCAUGUAGGUCGGCGUCCGGUCUAGCCUAGUUUGGGCCGGAUCUGGUCAUGAUACCAUACCAACAUCUGAUGCACUUCUAGAUCCCCCACGAUUGCUCAAGGGAAAUCAUUCGAUUCUCAAUGCUCUUUCUGGCUGUUAUUCGUUGAUUUCAGUAAUGCGCUUUGGGAAACUUGAAUUGCGCAGAAGAAAUACUCAAUCCAGUGAUAGCUAACCAGUUCCUUUCUUUAUUUCCUUGUUUCUUUAUUUGUUAUUUUAAGAUCGAGCCGUUUGGCUUGGCUCGUGACGGUCUCUUGAUCGAUCCUCGACCAGCGCCAACGCCAUCUACUGCUCCAUGCUCUUUUUGGCGAUCUUGGUCUUCUUCAAGCUGUGGUUCUCCUUCAGGAUCAUCAACACAACAUACAAGACAGUCUGCAGCUGGGCGUGGAUUCACACUCCCGCUUUAAGAUACACUGUCCAAUCCCCGCUCGCAAUGUCCUCAUUUCCUGGACCCUCCUCGUCACUGUGGCCGUCUUUUCUACUCCCAGCCAUCACCAUACCUUUCCGGCAACGAAGGACGGUAGCAGACAACAACGACGUAAACUCCCCACCCUCGCUCAGCUCUUCAGUCGAAUCCGCGACGUCGUCAAUCGCGCCGCCGGCCACCGCCACCCUCCGCUGCGUGCACUGCUCUACGGAAUUUGCCUUCAACUCCCAGGUCGUUUCCAAAGGCUUCACGGGGAGGCACGGGCGAGCUUACCUGGUGGCGCCUCCAUCAUCGCGCCCGACGCCGACUUGUCCGGCCACCGACACCCAGUCCACCAACCUGGUCAACGUCAGCAUCGGGCGUGCCGAGUCCCGUCGGCUUUCUACGGGGGCGCACGUGGUCGCCGAUAUCAACUGCCUGCGAUGCGGCAUCAAGGUCGGCUGGAAGUACAUCGACGCCAGGGAGCCGUCGCAAAGGUACAAGAUUGGCAAAUUCAUCCUCGAGACGUCGCACGUGGUGGUGUUCCGCGACUGGGGCGCAGAUGACGGCUCCAUUGGCGCGUCGGCCGACGACGUAGUGACGGAACGGCUCGAACAGCCGCGCGACUCGGCCGAAUUCGACUCUGAGGAUGAGGAUGAGUGCGAUGAGCUGUUCUCGGGAACAUGGGAUCCUCACACGAGCGCCAUUAGGAAGAGGGCAAAGGAGGAGGCGUCGGCUCGGUUGUCCAGGACGCGGAUGGAGCUUGAUGCUGCGAAGGCCAGGAGAUGAUGAUAAAUAUUGUGGGGCACCAGGGUUUUGUUUUUGUGUUUUUGAUUGAUAACGAUUUACUAUUUCUACUCAUGUACGAGCGUUUAACUGUAAGAUACCCUGGGAUGGAGGAUAUCUGAAUUGUUAUUGGAUUUUAUGCGAUUAAUACACAAAUUUGGAUAUACCCGAGUACCAAGUAAUAUCUGGAAGGUGUACUUUUUCCCACCGCGCUUUUACAGGGAAUUCAGCACUGUAACAACCCACAGCCAGACAUGUUUAAAUGUUAAAAUUUAAAUCAAAC